AUUUAAUUUCAAUUGUACUGUGAACAAAGAUGGUAUGUUCUACUCUCGCGAGAUCUUCUUUACUCUCGGCCAACUACCGCGCUUGACAUCACAUCUGGAUGGACCGUAAGGUGAACUGUAUGGUGCACAGGGCGAUCCUGAUUAUUUAUAAAGGGCUGAUUUGAGUGGAAUGGACCACGUGAUUUAGGAGGUUGCAUUUUUGUUAUAUUUCCGUUGGGUAGAGAACCUCGUGUAGUACCGUCAAGUGGAAAAUGUCAUCUCUUGCCCAGGUGAACGUGUUGCUCUUAUAAGUAAAAUAUAAAGUGACCAUGUUAUCAUGCCCCGUGGGGUUUCCUCCUCUCGCUUCCUGAUUCUGUAUGGUUCGCAGAAAGGUCAAGCUCAGGCAAUAGCAGAGGAGCUCUCCGAACAGGCCGCAGCGCAUGGCUUUGAAGCAGAGAUCAGCUGCCUGAGCAAAGCUGACAAGUACAAUUUGGAAGAAGCACAACCUGUGGUUUUGGUCGUUUCCACGACAGGAGAUGGUGAACCUCCAGAUACGGCACUGAAAUUUGUGAGGAGGAUCAGGAAGAAAUCUCUGCCCCGUGACCACUUCUCUCAUCUGCACUAUACACUGUUAGCUUUGGGGGACACCAAUUACACAAAUUUCUGCAACUGUGGAAAAACCAUUGAUGGGCGUCUACAGGAACUCGGUGCUAAUCAUUUUUAUGCAACCGGUCUUGCUGAUGAUGGUACAGGGCUGGAGGUAGUGGUCGACCCGUGGAUCGAAGGACUUUGGGACGCUCUAAAGAAGAUAUUUGACAAAAUGUCUGCCUCUAAUCUCAUUAGUGACAUUUCUCCAAGCAACACUCAGCAACCAGAAGCCAUCCAGGAGAACCUCGAAACAUCUGCACAAAGCCUUCAGCUGCUGAGUAUUAGCGAUGCAGAUGCAGGAAAAUCCAAACCGGAAUCUGAAACUGAAAUCCAGGAUGCAGAAUCUCCUCUAGAGGCAUCUUUGAAUCGAUCCAUAGCUCCACUUGCUCAGUCUUCACUCAGCAUCCCAGCGCUUCCUCCAUGUUACCUGGAAGUGUGUUUGGGAGAUGUGCCUACUGAAGAGGAGGAGGUUCACGUUGCUGCACAAGGCUUUCAUGAAGUCCCAAUUUCAAGAGCACUAUGUUUAACUCGGGAAAAUGCUGUGAAACCAGCCAUCUUGCUGGAGCUUGAUAUCAAGGAGGAGAGUAUUUCUUACCAGCCGGGCGAUGCGUUUGACCUCGUCUGUCCAAACAGGGACACGGAAGUGGAGGAUUUGCUUCACAGACUGGGGCUACAUGACAAAAAGCAUCAUUCUGUUCACCUUCAGCUGCUCAAAAACACCAAAAAGAAGGGAGCACGAGUUCCUCCAUACAUCCCAGAAAAGUGUACACUACAGUAUCUACUGACUUGGUGCCUGGAGAUAAGAAGUAUACCCAAAAAGGCUUUUUUACGAUCUCUAGCAGACUGCACCCAGGAAACCCAUGAGAAGCGACGACUGCAGGAGCUGUGUAGCCGCGAGGGAGCUGCAGAUUAUGACCGAUUUGUGAGAACGCCUAGCGUGUGUAUACUGGACCUUCUGCGUGCUUUUCCCUCCUGCACACCUCCCCUCAGCCUCCUCAUUGAGCAUUUACCGAAGCUGCAGCCGAGAGCUUAUUCAGCCGCAAGCUCGAGUCUUCUCCACCCUGGAAAGGUCCAUAUUGUGUUUAGCGUUGUGGGCUUUCCAGCAUGUGCCGAGCAUCCAGAGAGACUGGGAUUGUGUACAGGAUGGCUCGCGGAUCGAGUGUCCACUUUCAUCGAGCCCUAUGGGACAAAACGGGCUUCACGAGAGAGUGUAGAUUAUGCUGCUUUGCCUAAGAUUCACGUUGUUCCUCGUCUCAACAGCACCUUCCACUUGCCUUCUGACCCUACUGUUCCCAUGGUGAUGGUAGGACCAGGGACAGGAGUUGCACCCUUUAUAGGCUUCCUUCAGCAAAGGCAAAAAGAGCGAGAGGGAAAUCAGGACAGCUCCUUCGGUGAGACUUGGCUCUUCUUCGGCUGCAGACAUAAAGACAGAGACUUCAUCUUCAGAGAGGAGCUGGAGAGGUUUGUAGAGAACGGAACACUGAGCCAUUUGAAGGUGUGUUUCUCCAGAGCUGAGCAAGACAAUGAUGGUUCCGAGCCAAAUCCUAAAUACGUCCAGCAUAACCUACUUCUUCAUGGCCAGCAAGUUGCCCGCAUUCUGCUCAAAGAAAACGGCUGUCUCUAUGUCUGCGGAGAUGCUAAGAACAUGGCAAAAGACGUGAACGAUACUCUGAUAGAGAUCAUAGGGGAGAACCUUCAGGUGGAUAAACUAGAUUCUAUGAAGACCAUUGCAAAACUGCGAGAGGAGAAACGAUACCGGCAGGAUAUCUGGUGCUGAAGAUAGAGAAUUUGCACGCUUCUGGGUUUAAAGAAUCGUUUUAUCAUUUUCAAAGGUUUUUAUCAAACUUAUUUCAUCAACCACAACCGACCAAAUUGGCAUGAGUGCUGAAUGUUUUAAUCGCAGAAACUACUGAACACAUUAGCAUGAUUUAGGAUGCUGUCAUGCUGAUAAUGUGUUUUUAAAAGACAGUAAAGAUGCGUCUGAUGCUGUCUUCAUCUUAGGUGCGCAGAAUUCUGUAAAAUAAAGAAACGUAUAUUUAGGCUUCUAUUUGAAUUGACACUAAUGAUUUAAAGCCUUCAUUAUAAUAUUGUAUGAUUUCAGUAUUAUAACAGCAGACAGCUCAGUAUAUGCCUUGCAUAUAUUUUAAUUACCGACAGUGACAUCUUCUGAUUUGGAAUUUAUAGGUCAUAAAAUACAGCAUAUGUAGAUCUAAUAAAUCAGAUAUUGGCCCAUUUAUUCCAGAUGUGUAGAACAAGUGUGUGAAUAUCAGUGGUUCCCAUUUAUUAUUAUGAUAUCAAUCAAAAAUUUAGAUAAAUAUUUCUAAUUCAACUGUGGUUUCUUUUACCACAGUCUAUUUUAAAAUGCCUCACAAUGCCGGAAUCUUUUAUUCAUUACAAGGUUUACUUUAUAAUUUCUGUUAAAUAAAUACUAUAAAAGAUUGAAGUGUAACUUUUUUUUUUGAGAAUAAAAAAACGAAAAACA